CGAAAGGAUAACAACAACGACUGGUUGCGCGAGUACAAUUGAUUUUUGUUGAUCGAACAGAUGUGUAAUAUUGAAUGCAUUAGUAGAUAAAGUUAUGGAAAGUUACAAGUCUUCUUCAUCCAGUGAGGAAGUUUCUGGGAAGCCUUUAGUUGGUGAUGAUGAUGUUAAAAGACCUAAACGACCCCCACUACCUAAGGAAUAUGAAGGCGAUCCAGAUUUGGAGAAGGGAUCUGUUAAUUUAUUAGGAGAUUCUGAUCUGGACGAUGAAGGGCCUGACAUUCUUCCCUUGCCACGACAGUAUAUUGGUAGACUUAGAGGAGAGCAUGAUAUCGUACCAUUGUAUGAUGAUACAGACUCAGUGUUGUCUGAUGAACCUCCUCCUCCCAUUCCACCAAAACCUACAGAUAGUGAAAAAUCUCCACCUCCCAGACCUGAAUCACCAGCAGACAGUGAUCUGUCAUUGCCUUCUAAAGCAUCAUCCGAUUCUAAAAGACGUCCUUUGUCAGUACAUGAUGGAGAUACUGUCGAUGGAUGGAAGCCAUCACCCAAGGAAAGUAUAUUCAGUAUAUUUUGUGAUGAGGAACCAGUUGAACUACAAGCUAUACCUCCACCACUAGUUCAUGAAGAACCAGAAACAGAGGCAGAAACAUCAUUUAUUACUCCAGGAAUACAAGAUAGUGUCCAGCGAACCUGGGCACCAAUACAGGAUGCAACACUAAAGGUUGGAAUGAAAGAAAAAAGUUCCACAGGAGAAGUUUAUGAGAAAAAAGUGUAUCCAUCAGGAAGGCAUGCUAUUGGACCAGAUCAUCAUUUCCGUCAAUUUUCCAGUGUAGCACAUUUUGUUGAAAUGGAUGAUUUAGCAAUUGCAACAGUAGAUAAAUUGCAAUUUGUUAUUCAGUGUACAUUUCAGUAUUUUUUGAGGAGGAAGGGGGACGCUUUCCCUAUCGUAGUUGGUUCUAGCAGAGCAAAUUCUCUUUUGGUGCCUGGAAUAAAAUGUGGAGCUAACCUGCUGGAAAUGAUAGUCGAAACACCAGUAGUUCUUCCAGAUAUACCGGACUUGCUGUCCCAACUGGACGGCGCACUGCCAACAAGCCCAGCAAGUGUACCACUUACAUGCAUGGAGGCUCUCAGUAGACUCGCGCAGACGAAAGGUCUAUCUAAGCGGACUGCCAAUGUCCUGGCCAUGGCGAACAGGGAUUCCACCAACUCUGCCUACAACUCGAAAUGA